AUCACCCUUGAUGUGAUUAAAAAAAGAAAAAAUUGUUCUCUCUCUCUCUCAAAGAGCCUAGUCAACCUCUACGACUUGCUUUCACUUUUUGAUGUUCCAUAAUAAACCAACACAUAUGCGACAUUUUCUUUCUUCAUCUAUCUCGUUGGAGAUGUGGAUGAUGCAGAUAUAGAAAGUAGUGAUCAAUACCCAUCUCUUUUAAACUCCUCAAAGCUUAAUUACUACUUCACCAUUUUUCAACUCAGCUAGCUAGGCUAAUCCAUUCCAAAACUAGAACUCCCUUUACUAGCAUCAAUAUCUACUAUAUAUAAACAACUUCUACUACCUUUUUCAUAAAGUUAGGCAUUUGCAUAUUUUUUUGAAUCACCUUCUUAUUGCAUGCUAUUCCUCUUCUUGCUAAUUCAACACCAUUUUUGCAGCCCCAUCAUAUCAGCACACACAUUCCCUUCUGAGGAAAAAAGAGAGAAGCAAUUUAUUACUCUUCUUCUUGUUUUAUUGUCUUGUUCUGCAGCUAAAAAUCCAUAUCAUACCCAUUUUCAUUGGGAGAGAUCUUUAGUGCUUGAGUUUUUUGUUGCAUCAAAAUGUGGAUGAUGGGUUAUAGUGAUGGUGGAGAGUUCAACAUGCCAGAUUCUUUCAGUGGAAGAAAGCUUAAGCCACUCAUUCCUAGGACUCCACCAGUGCCUUCUCCAAACAAUACUUCAAACUCUAGCCCUCCUAGACUUGGCCGUAUCCAUGGCAACGAUUUCUUUUCACUAAAUCACCAUCUGGCUACUAUGGCUGAUCAAAGCAAAAGAGAUUUCCAUGCACAAUCAGUUGUAGUGAGUUCAAGAUGGAAUCCAACUCCAGAACAGUUAAGGACCCUGGAAGAACUGUAUCGAAGAGGAACAAGAACCCCAUCAGCAGAGCAAAUUCAACACAUCACUGCACAGCUUCGAAGAUAUGGAAAGAUUGAAGGGAAGAAUGUGUUCUACUGGUUUCAAAAUCACAAGGCAAGAGAACGGCAAAAACGACGACGUCAAAUGGAAUCUGCAGCUCCUGAUCAUCAGCAGCAGAACCGUGAUAUAGAAAUCUUUGAAACGAAAGAAUCAGGGGCAAGUAGGACAACAUAUGAAGGUGAACAGACCAAGAACUGGGCUCCCUCUACAAACUGCAGUACACUACCAGAGGAAGCCAUGUCAAUACAAAGGGCAGCAAAAGGAGUGGUAGCAGAAUGUAGAGGAGAUGGAUGGAUCCAAUACGAUGAAGUAGAAUUACAGCAUAGAAGGAACUUUAUGGAAAGGAAUGACACAUGGCAGAUGAUGCAGUUGUCAUGUCCAUCUCCCACCCACCUCAUAAACGCUAGCUCUGGCACUUGUACUAUUACUACUACAACAACAACUGCUACAAUCCUAGCAGGAGCAGAAGCAACAUCUACAGUAGUAGCAGGAACAAUAAGAACAAUGGACCCAAAUAGGCAACUCAUCAAGACCCAUACUGAUCUUAAUAUCUUCAUAGCUCCCUACAUAGAAAAUAAUAUUGGGCCUGGCCUUAUUAACCACUUCAGCAAUGAAGAAGAUCAUAAUGGGUAUGGGGAUUCUCACCAAACACUUCAACUCUUUCCUCUUCGUAAUAAUGGUGGUGAAAGCAUUAAUGACAAAGAAACUGAAACUUCAUCAGCAGUUGCUGCAGCCAUGAAUGCCAACUUCACUACUCCUUAUCAGUUUUUUGAAUUCCUUCCAUUGAAGAACUAAUUACCCACCAAAGCUUUUAGCUUUUUUUUUUUUGGCUCCACUUUAUGAGAUUUUGGCUAUGUUUGUCAAAUGAUGGGUUGUGUUAUGGAUUUCUGUAUUAUUGUUGGAAAUUGGGACUUUAUUUUUUCUUGAAGAUGAUGUUUACAUUUCAUGGAAUUGGUGGAAUGGUCU